AUGGCUCUCCAACAGUUUGUGUGCUGUUUCAUUGUGGUGAUCAUUUUCUUAUGCAAAGCAUGUGACAGCAGGGCUGUGAACAGUAGCAGCAUUACAGGAGGUCAUGAUGCAGCAGCAGGAAGCUGGCCCUCAUAUGCUGCUGUAGUUAUAGUUGGAUUUCAGUUUGGUGCGUCCUUAAUCAACGAGCAGUGGGUGCUGACAGCUGCAUCUUUCAUUCCUCUUGACACAUUGACACGUUGGGAUCCAACAGUCUACCUGGGAGGCUACAGCCUGUCAGGUUCAAAUCCAAAUGAAGUGAAUCGGACUCUGGAGAAGAUUAUCUGCCAUCCUGAAUUCGACUUUGCAACUCUCAAGAACGACAUUUGUCUUCUGAAGCUGUCGGCUCCUGUGAAUUUCACAGACUACAUUCAGCCGACCUGCUUAGCCUCAGAAAACAGCACUUACAACAAUGAGACCAGCAGCUGGGUCAUUGGUUUGGGUUAUAAUAGUGAUGGUACUUUCACUAAAACCCCACAGGAGGCCAAAGUACCAAUCAUGGGAAACAAUGAGUGCAAAGGCAUCUUUCAAGGGAGCUAUCCCAGGAUCACAGAGAACAUGAUCUGUGCUGGAGACAAGGAUUCAUGCUUGUUUACUUAUGGAGCACCACUCAUGACCAAAAGCGGAUCAGUCUGGUUCCAGAGUGGAGUUCUGAGUGUCAGUGCAUGUGGUGCAUUUCCUUCAGUGUUCACUCGUGUGUCCCAGUACCAGAAAUGGAUCAGCGACACAGUUACAGGGACAACACCAGGUUUUGUUACCUUCACCUCCCCAGAUGGUUCAUCACCACCCACUACUGCCCCCGAUAUGUGA